AUUUUAGGUUUUUAAAUGUGAAAUGAAUGAUUGUGUUUAUAUUGCUACUGGUUAGAGCUGGGUAUCCCUACAAUCUCUACUGUGAUAAUUCGGAUCAGGUGACCCACGAUCAAUGGUGUGACGGUUCAUACGAUUGUGCUGAUCGCAGUGACGAGAAGUCUCUGUGCUGUGUUGCAGGCAAGCACAGGGUCGAUGGAGAAUGUGAGGAUAUAGAUGAAUGCUCAAGAGCUGGUUCUCUUGUGUGCUCCCAACAUUGCCACAACACUGAUGGCUCCUUUGGGUGUUCCUGUGACCCGGGAUUCAGUCUGAAUCAAAAGCCCCAUAUCCCCGAUGAGAGGGAAACGUAUUGUAAAGCAUUGGGAGAUGAUCCAGUAUUCUUAACUUCAAUAGACAAUAAAAUUAUGAGAACUUCUGAUCUUCAAAGCUUUGAUUUGGUAUCAAUGGUAGGGGUUGAAGAUUCCCAUCAUAUAUAUGAUUUUGAUUAUGAUUAUCAGAGCAACCUAUUAUUUUGGUGUUCUGGUGAUACUCAAGACUUGCAGAGUGCUAUGCACAAAAACCUAUGGAAGGCGAGUUAUGACAAUUCACAGCUGAUAGAAGCAGCUAAGAUUGCAGAUGGUAUAGACUGUGUAUCAAUUGCAGUUGAUUGGAUCAACAAGAAAGUUUAUUGGGUAACUGCAAACAGUGGCCAACUUGUUGCUUCAAAUUAUGAUGGAACAAAUCAAGCCACUUUGUUGUGGAGGAAUGUCGGCUGGAAUUUGAGGGCCGUGGCCGUUUCUCCUAAAUCAGGCUACAUUUUCUGGUCUAACUGUGGUGCUGACCCUCACAUAGGACGUGCUAAUAUGGAUGGAUCACAUCCAACGUUCUUAAUAAAAGAAUCGGAAGGGGACCAGAUAAUGGAGCCAACAGCCAUGACGGUUGACCAAAACACAAACCAUCUGUACUGGAUAGACGCUCACUACAGAACUCUCCACAUCAUGGAUUUUAAUGGGAACGAUUUUUCCUUGCAGAGAUCUAACAUUCACAUGAUAUCAGCCUGGCGCAUGAGUUUGUUUGAAGACAGCGUGUACUGGGUUGAUUCCGUCAUGUCAGAGGGAGCUUACAGAAUGCACCAUGCCAGCAAGCUGACUGGAGAUGACUACUACGAUACGUCACUUGAAAUUGAAGCACAGAUCUCAGGAUUCAGGAUGUACCACCAGUUACUCCAGCCAGCCCACUCUAACGCCUGUACUGGCAACAAAUGUCAACAUCUUUGUCUACUGACCCCCACAGGGUACGCGUGUCAGUGCAACAACGGCUACCUGCUCAUAGACGACGAAAGAUCCUGCAGAAAACUAGACAGUCCCUGUACAGCCAACUCAUGCGAUCCUCGCUAUUGUAUAAUGUGCGGCACAGGAGACUGUAUCCUCAGCAAACUCAAGUGUGACGGAGAUAUUGACUGUUAUGACGGAACAGACGAACAAAACUGUCCAUAUGGAUUCCAGGAAAUAUUCACUCCGAUGUCCCUAGCAACCACGACCGACCACCAUAGCAACUGCAUGGCGCGGGAGUUCCAGUGCCUGAGCGGGAGGUGUAUCUCAGAGAAGAUGAAGUGUGAUGGUACAGUGGACUGUGACGACAGUAGUGAUGAGGAUCCUAGGUUUUGUGUAGUGAACAACCAAUGCAACAGAGAGGAUUUCCUGUGUGACGGAACAAAGUGUUUGUCUCUUGAGAAACGCUGUGAUGGAACCCGCGAUUGCUUGGAUGGAACUGAUGAGCUUAAUUGCGAUGGUCCGCAAUGCAGUGAUUCCCAGUUCACUUGUUCACAGUCCCGGCAGUGUAUUGAUGGCUCCAGAAGAUGCGACCGCAACAAUGAUUGUCCUGAUGGUAGCGAUGAGUUCAGUUGCCCAUUAGUUUGUCGUGAGACGGAGUUUUCCUGUGAUAACGAACAACACUGUGUGUUACUAUCCAGUAAAUGUGACGGUGCUGCGGACUGUAGGGAUGGUUCCGACGAACGAGACUGUGCCAAAACGCCGCUCUGUCCGGAAGGUCAGAGGAAAUGCUCCCCGACACACGGUGACGAUGACGUGUGUAGACCUGAGUCAGACUUCUGUAACAACGUGGACGAUUGUCCAGGUGGGACCGAUGAAAUAGGAUGUGAUUGUCAGAAGGAACCUGAUAUGAUACCCUGCCCUGGAAGCAGGGACUGUAUUAGAAAGGAUCAAUGGUGUGACCGAACCCCUGAUUGUGAUAACUCAGCAGAUGAACGGGAAGGAUGUUGCCCACAUGGCUUCCACCGUCCCAACCAAAACCUGCUCGAGGAAUGUGUCGAUGAGAACGAGUGCGACCGGCAAGACGGGGUCUGUUCUCAACACUGUGCCAAUACCGAGGGUGGAUUUACUUGCUCUUGCGACGAGGGGUACGAUCUUGUGGAUACGACCAAACAGAACGGUGUAUUUUCAUCCCUGUCUUACUGCAGGGCCAGAGGGGACAUGAACAUAGUCAUCACAGUUAGAGCUGACAGUCUCUAUCAUCUGAAUGUGCCUUCAGGGAGUGGUGAAGCGUUUGACUCGGAUACAGCAAGAUCCUCCGGAAACUUCAAAUCAGUGACGAUGAGUGGAGAGUACGAGAAAUCAAAACUCCUCAUGGCAGAUUUCGAUUUCGACAUCAGAAACAAGAAGUUAUUCUGGUGCUCCACGAAACACUAUGCAGAUUCCACCUACGAGAGAGCUAUUUGGGUAGCAGAUCUAGGAGACAAUCUAGAGACCCUGAAAAACUCCAAAAUGAUCGUCAACAACAUCAACUGCGACAGCAUGGCAGUGGAUUGGAUAAACAAACUAGUCUACUUCACCUCCGACACUAACUCAAUAGAAGUGGUCGACUACGAGGGUCAGAACCGUCGGGCGCUCAUCUGGACAGGACUCAGUGCUCCUCGAGCAAUCGAACUGGACCCGGAAGCAGGGUUACUCUUCUACACAGACUGGGGCCAGACCACCGCCCACCUCGGUAGGAGUAACAUGGACGGUGCUGACAGGAGAAGUCUGAUUAACAACACCUCCACUAAUGACCCGCAGAUUAAGUGGCCUAACGCGCUCACUAUUGAUCACCCUAACAAGAACCUCUACUGGAUGGACGCUGGUGUGAAGAGUAUCGAGUGUAUGAGGUAUGAUGGGAGUGCUCGGUACACUAUCUCAAACAAGGACUCUGCUCUGGGUUUCCCCUGGAGAAUGAGAGUGUUCCAGGAUCGGGUGUACUGGCGGGAAAGAGACGGCGAGGUCAAAUCAGCUAACAAGUUUACCGGUAACCAGUUCGUAACUGAACGAGUAGUGAGUGCUUUAGGGGAGAAGUUAGCAGUGGGAAUGGGACUGAGAAUAUACCACCCCGUCAUCCAGCCGGAAUCCACUCCGAGAUGUCGACCUGACCUCUGCCAGAAGCUGUGUCUACCCAUUCCUAAUGGGUAUCAGUGCGCCUGUCCCACCGGACACAGUCUCCUUCCUGAUAACUUCAACUGUGCCUACAAAAUGGAAAACUUUGCGUUUGUUGCAACGAAGGAGAUGAUAGUGAAAACAGCCCUGGAACCUCUGGAACCAGUUCUACAACCUAUUAUGUUCAAGGAAAACAAAUACAUGGAAGGAACGUUUUGGUCAGUAGAUUUUCAUGAGAACUGGGUUUAUUACAACACAAUAUCUGAAAACAUCUCACAAAUCAGCAUCCGAAGAAUGCUGUUUGACGGCAGUGACUCUAAGGUUGUAGUUAAUGAAAAGUCGGACGGUGGUCUCUCCAUCGAUUGGUUAAACGAGAAGAUCUACUGGUCAAGCUUCGAGACAGUCAGUGUAGGGGAGCUGGAUGGCAGUGUGCACACGACCCUACUGCAGAAAGAGGGCUUUGACUUCAGGGAUAUCCUAGUGGACCCAUGCAAUGGUUACAUCUACCUAGCAGCACUAGGACGUGGAAUAUACCGGUGCUCUAUGGACGGUGAUAUCUCUAGCUUUGUAGAGAUAGUCCGGCUGGGGGAGGAUAGUAUGCCUUCUGGUCUCACUCUCGACAGGGAUAUUGGAGCAUUAUUCUUCGCCAACAUGAACUCUAUCUACAAGCUGAAACUCAAACUGAAACUCCGAGACUCCCCUCCGGUCCCCGAACCUAUAAUCAACAGACCCGAGCGAGUUAACAUCAACUCCCUGGACGUAUGGGGUCGUGACUGGAUCAUCUGGACUGAGAACUACAACAUCUCAGCAACUGAUUAUAAAUAUGAAAAGAGGGACAGACUUGUUGCCAGGGAGAAGAUAGUCCAUAAGAACGGAGACGAGGAACCCCCGGUACAGAUAAUACGAGAGGACAUCAAGAAGGACACAUUCGGUAUCAAGGUCUCUCCCAAGAGGGACAGUGGGUGUAGCAAUCACUUAGCUGCUAACCCGUGCUCUGAAAACCAGUGCUCACAUAUGUGUCUGCAAAGCCAGGUGGAGGGCCUUGAAAUGCACCCUGAUAACCAGAAGAAGUAUCGUUGUGUUUGUCCGACCGGGUAUGCGCUCAAAGAGAAUUCCACUACCCAGUGUGCAGAUGAAAUAGCACAGUAUCUGGUGUACAAUCCUGACAGCGGAAUUCAGACCGUUUCCCUGGAUACCAACUUCUUAACCCCUAUCAAAGGACCGCCCAACAUGUCAUUCAAAGUCACCACAUUUGACAUUGAUGCUAAGAACAACCUGGUCUACUAUUGUUACGGUUACCCGAACAAGUAUGAAGUGCGGGGUCUGUUCGACGAGACGGGGAAUGUUACCUCCCUCCCCAUUUACACGUCACGAUGUAGUGGAAUGUCGGUGGAAUGGGUUACCAAUAAACUGUAUAUCGUGGACACUACUGGAGGCUUGAUCCUGGUAGUAAACCUAGACAAACCGUACCUGACCAAGUCUAUAGUACACGCUCUGAACAACCCCCUGGAUAUUGUGGUUCACCCCAGAAAGGGGAAGAUAUACUGGAUCCUAGAGUCUCACAGUAUCAUGAGUACUAACAUGGACGGGACUGAUCUGAUAGAGACAAUUGUUUCCGUAAACAAAGGCCCAGAAGACCAGACCCUCACUCUUGAUGACUCCACCACCCAAAUGUUCAUAGACUUCACCACUGACCACCUUUACUGGACCGAAAACGUUCACAAAAGAGGAACAGGCUUUAUCGGGCUGAUAAAACGUGUGGACUUGAACACGAAACAAGUGGAAACUGUCCUUGAAAUGUUACAAGAACCCCUUGCCGGUGCUACCAUGAUCAACAACAACAUCUACUUCACGGAUCUAGCCGAGGGUAGGUUGUACCGCAAGGACGGAGCCGCAAACGGGACCUUCCUCCUUACUACUUCCAGCGAGAGCUUCCUGUUGUCCUCCCAGUCCCAGCCUCAGUUACUGGAGAACCCGUGUGAGCGGAUAAUGGAGGCUGUUCUGAUUUCUGUCUCCUAGAUAGUGUUCUUAGAUCCAGGUGUUCAUGCCCAACUGGUAUACAACUGCAAGACUCCAUGAACUGUGACACACCGCACAACAAGAGCCUGAUCGUUGCUAAUGACACCAGGAUCAGCAUGAUAUCUCUGAGCAGCAGCGAACCCGUUAUAGAUCGGGUCCUCACCAGCGCUCCCAAAAACCUGAAAAGUAUUGAUGUGGACAUUAGAGAGAACAAGAUCUAUUGGUCUGAGAUAAACUUAGAGGGGGGAGCAAUCUGGGUGUUGGAUAUGAAAACGGGUGAAACUGAGAAGAUUGUGUGGGAAGACAUGCUGAUCCCUAACAGUAUCGCAGUGGAUUGGAAUGCUCAGAACAUCUAUUGGGUGGACUCAAGCCCUGAAGGAAAAGGAACCCUUGAGGUGAUGUCGCUCAGAUCCAGGAAGAGAUCCGUCCUGAAGAAGUAUGAAGAGGUUUCAAAGCGUCCUCAUCAGAUUGUACUGGAUCCCAACGAGAAACUGCUCUUUGUAUCCUACCCUGUUCCCGUCAAAGAAGUCAUAACCCGGAUGUGGAUGGAUGGUUCAAACCCGUUUGAUAUCAUGACCAUGGACAUUCGUGGGCCGACACAGCGCGGUGCACAAGUCGUCAGUUCUCUGGCAAUCGACCUGAUUGACAAGAAAUUGUACUGGAGUUCCAACGACAACAUGAACCAUAUUUCCUCUUGUGACUAUGCGGGAGAAAACAAGGACAUCAACAAUGAUCAUCACGCCAGGACGAUCAAAACUAUCA